AGCUAUUAUGCUCUGUAAAAAGUUCCAGUUAACGCAUUUGCGUGACUGAAUAAACGUGUGCGAUUUUUUUUUCUGUUCGUAAAAAGUGUUUUGCAAGGGAAUGAAAUUACGUGCGCUUCUGAAUUUUACCUUCCGUCAAUCGGUUCGUUCGUAUGCCGGUGUUCGACAAAAAGUUCCCGUCUAUCGGUUGCCUCAGGAAAGACUGAGCGAAGUUAAGCAAACCCUCGAUGCAUAUCCUGUGCCCAGCCUGGAUCAAUGGAACGAUAUCCGCAGAACUGUGCUGGAUGAACGUCGGUUCACCAGCACCAAUGUGGACAGUACGGUGUUGGGGAUUUGCAACUCACUGGAAAGUGGCAAGUCCUAUGUACAGUUCCUUAACUCCAAAGGAAUCAAUCUCAAUUUGGCCAGCAAGGGUAAACUUUUGAGGUUAUACCGGUCUAGAAGAACCGAAUCGAAAGGGGAUAUCGAUCCAGCAGAACAAGCUGAAAUUUACGAUAUCUUUCAAGAGCUUCGGCAAAACAAUCCGGUGCUGGAUGCCAACACAUGUGAGCAUUUGAUUGCCGCUCUAACGUUGACAAAACACUGGAAAGAGUGUUUCGAUUUGAUAGACACUAUAAAAUUGGUCGGCAUUCCAGAUAGUGGAACCUAUAGUGUGCUGGUGGAAAAAUGUUUUCUGACCGGUGAAUCGGAACUCGGUUGGCGACUGUUGGACGAAAUGGUUGGAUUGAAAAGAUUACCGAACGACGAUGUGUAUUUGGCCUGGGUCGAAUUCAGCCUGAGGGAAAGUGAUAAAUUGAAAGAAAAUAUUGAACGCCUGCUCGAGUUCACCGGUUUCAAAGGUUUGUUUCUGUCUAAGUCAGUUGGAAAUGCUUUGAAGCAACUUCCGGGCAUUCAGGCCACCGACAGUCGUGUGACAGAUCAUGGCAAAUGUCCACAGUGUAGAGCUACCCUAGCCAGUAUCACCGUGUCCGAGGAAUCAUUUGAAGCUCUGCGUCAAGCUUUUCUACAAGCGGUUAUAAUCAAGAAAGACAUCUUCAACAAAACAACGCCUCAGGAGCUGGAGCGUUUCCAGAAGUUCCUGAAGAAAACCAAACCCUACGACGUAGUCAUAGACGGUCUGAAUGUAGCGUUCUCGACCGGCAACCAAAAAUCACCAGUGGUCUACGCGAAGCAUCUAGCAGCAGUGGUAAGUCACUAUUCACGCCAAAAGAAAAGGGUGCUUGUCAUAGGUCGUCAGCAUAUGGAUCGUUGGAAGUCCAAAGACAUGAAGUUUAUUCGGGAGAAUAGUUUUCUGUUUCUAACCGAAGAUCUGUCCCAAGAUGAUCCAUUUCUUUUGUACGCAGCGCUAGAAAGCGGCCCUAGGACCGAUUUCUUUUCUCGGGAUUUGAUGCGGAAGCAUUCGUUUCUGUUGGGUCAUGAACUCGGACAGAUUUUCAAACGCUGGCAACAGGAACAUCAGUACUCGCUCACGACGAUUACUCCAAAUGGGCGGGUUAUAAUAAAGGCACCUUUCCAAUACGAAAUGUUUGCCCACCGAUUACCGGAAGAUGAUAAACGAUGGCAUGUUCCGUUGGUGGAAACUUGCCUCAAGAUACCGAAGAUAGAAAAACAAGCCCACUGGCUAUGCUUGAGUAUAGAUUAAUUAUAGGCAGUUGGUUAUAUAGUUCAAUGAAAUGUUAA